AACAGGCGCACCUCGUGUUAUCAUGUAGUUACCUUAAAGAAACUCCUGUGACUAUGAUCCUUAUCGAGUUCUUUGCAAGCUAGUGAUGACAGCUGAUAAGAGUCUCAGUGGCUUAUUGGAUGAUGGACUGCAUCCAGGGAACAUUUCCCUUGUCAGCUCAGGACCUAGAUAUUGCUCGGGAAGCUGGGGAAUAAUCACCUUCAGCAGAGGCCGGCUUUGGGAGAGGAGAGGGGCGCACCAGCGCCAGCUUGGACUCUAUGCCUUCCAACUUAUAGCCCUGAAGAGCUGACAAGAAGCAGUGAGAGAGGUGGAUCAGUAAAGGGCAGGCGCUUGGAGUUUUUACAAACAAUAAGACCUUGUGGGGGAAGAGAUAUGGGUCUCUGUACAGGUCCUGUGCACAGCUGUUUUAUCUGGUAAAACCACAUGGCAAGUCCUUCCUAGAAGUGAGAAUUCAUUCUUAAGUGCUUUACCCCGGGGAGCUGAAGUUCCUAACACGGAGCAGGUCUUUCUUGUUUCUUUCUUUUCUAAACUUGCUUUUCUGCAGUCUGGCCUGACUGUCUCACUUGCUGCUGCUGCUGCUACAAAGAAGCCAAGAUUUGUUAGUUCUUAUUUACUCAGCCAGCCGGAUUGCAGUUGCUCAUUCAUUAACUGAUGUCCCGGAUGAGGCUCUGAAAUCUUCUUGGCAAGAGGCACCUUCACUUUGGAAAAAAAAACUGGCAUCUGUGAAAAGGGAAAUAUUUUGUGCCGGGCCAGUAGUUGGUCAAUUGGACCCCUAUUCUGUACUGAGGAUUAUGGGUUAAAGGGAAACAUGGUGAUUACUCAGUUGGAACUGGAGUUCUGCUAUCAUGGGAAGAAGCUGAGAGGAUUUAAGUGUAAACUGACAAGGUCGCCCAAUGGCUUUCUCCCAGAAACCAACUUGUCUAUUGCUACCCAGGUUUUUCUGCCUUUCCUGUUGGCAGGACUGGGCAUGGUGGCAGCUGGCCUGCUGAUGGACCAUGUUCAACACUGGGAUGUCUUCAAAACUAUCACAGAGGUCUUCAUUCUGGUCCCAGCUUUGGUGGGUCUUAAAGGCAACCUGGAAAUGACCCUGGCAUCCCGGCUCUCCACUGCGGCAAACACAGGACAAAUGGAUGACCCCAAAGAAAGGUGGACAAUGGCAGUCAGCAACCUGGCUUUAAUACAAGUCCAGGCCACAGUAGUUGGGCUCCUGGCUGCCAUUGCUGCAGUUAUCCUGGGCUCCUUGUCUAAAGGUUAUGUGGAACUGGACCAAGCUGCCGUCCUCUGUGCCAGCAGUGUUACCACAGCAUUCAUUGCCGCUUUGUCCUUGGGUCUGGUGAUGAUUGGAGUAAUAAUCGUUUCCAGGAAAGUUGGAAUUAAUCCCGACAACGUUGCGACCCCUAUCGCUGCCAGCCUUGGAGAUCUUAUCACAUUGUCAUUGUUGGCAGGCAUUAGCAGCACACUCUACCGGUAUAUAGAUAUUCAGUAUCUUUCCCCCCUAAUCUGUGCCGUCUUCCUCAUCCUCAUCCCUCUGUGGGUGGCUAUUGCCAAGCAGAGUCCAUCCAUUGCCGAGGUACUAAAAUCUGGCUGGCAGCCGGUAAUUGUGGCCAUGUCUAUCAGCAGCAUUGGUGGUCUCAUUCUGGACAAGACAGUCACGGACCCCAAAUUUGAAGGAAUGGCUGUAUUCACCCCUGUAAUUAAUGGUGUGGCUGGAAACCUGGUAGCUAUACAGGCCAGCAGGAUUUCCACGUUUCUGCACUUCUGGAGUAUGCCAGGCGUUCUUCCGUACAAAAUGAGGCAACACUGGCCCAACCCAUGUACCACCUUCUUCUCUUCUGGUAUUAAUUCCAAGUCUGCCCGGGUCCUGUUCCUGCUGGUAGUGCCCGGCCACCUGGUUUUCCUCUAUGCAAUCCACCUCUUGCAGGGAGGCCACACUUCCCUCAAUGUUCUGUUCAUCACUUUUUACUUGACUGCUGCUCUGCUCCAGGUGUGUAUCCUGUUAUACAUUGCAGAUCUCAUUGUGCGCUUCAUGUGGAGAAGAGGACUGGACCCUGACAAUUUCUCCAUCCCCUACCUCACCGCUCUCGGGGACCUGCUGGGGACCGGCUUCCUGGCAAUUUGCUUCCGCAUGGUGUGGCUCCUGACCGGCACAGAGAGCGAGCUGGGAAACUGAGGGACAUUUAUAUGUUGGGCAGUACCAGCACUUUGAUCCAUGAGUUUUACCUGGAUAGACCCAGCUUGUUCUAUGAGCUGCACUCUAUUGGCCAGGACGGAUAAUACACUUGAUUUUUACUUGGUGAUAUUUAUCAGUAGCAAGCCUCAGCAACACAGGGAAACUGCACUGGAUUUAUGAUGAAAAGAAUGAUAUUUGUAUAUAAAUCUAAUGCCGUUUGUUUACAAUAAAAUACCAUGAAUACUGAA